GUGGAGACAAAAUGGCUGAUGGUCUUCGUCUUUGUUGAAUUUUAUUGUUGGUUAUUCGAAGAUAGUCUAGUUCAGAAUAUUUAAUUGAAACUGCCUGUAAGUUAUGCCCUUGAGUAUUGUGCAUCAUAUGGGUUUAGUUUCUACGCGUUCAAUCAACUGCGCGUUUAUUAGUUCACAAGAGACACAGUGCAGUACAUCUUUAUUUUUCUAAAUGAUCCUUGAGUCUAUUAUGUUUGCUAUGGGUGCUUGUGGUUAGAAACGGCAAAGGGCUGUUCUGCCCAAGCUUGUAUAUCAUGUUGCGCUUGCACUUCCAAGCUUGACAACAUUACAUUAUCAUAAUGGCUCAAUAUGUCCAAAAUACAAUGAAUGAUGUUCAACAAAUGAUGUUAGUUGCUUCAGAGGAGGUGGCUGCAGGGAUCACUUACUCUCAACAGCAGCUACCUCCACAACAUGUUGUGCAAAUGGCGUAUCAAACUCCAAGUGUCAUUGUAAUAGAUCCAUCAUCAUUCAUUGUUCAAGCUUCAGGAGCUGUUGAAAAUGAUGCAAAUGUAAAUGCCAUGACUCAACCAUUGCAUUCAGUCAUGCAGUCUCAACCUGUCCAACAAGAAGCCCAGCAACGAUCCCCCAAUGUUAACCUGCAAGGGCCUCAAAGGGCUGCUGGAGUCAGAACUUACUCAUCGGCACAUCAAUUAUCACUUCAAAAUAAGCAAGCUAAUCAGCGGCAGGUUCUAUCACCACAGACGCAGCCUAAAAAACCUGAUCAACAAAUGGUGCCUCAGCAGGUGCUUACUCUUCAGCAGCAUCCAAAUCAAUCAGUUGAAAGAUCAUCGUUGCAGCAAACUGUUCAGCAGUCAACUCAAAUCACCUCUCAACAGUUGAAAUUAACUCAAGGGACUCAAAUAGUGCAAAGUUGUGCUUCAAUUCCUCAGUCCAAGUCAAUCAUUGCCCUCACUCAGCAACGGCUUCAAUCUCCUCAGCAAUCUCCUCUGCAGUCCCCUCUGCAAUCACCGCAAACCCGAGGCCCACGCCCAAGGCUGCUGCGAAAGUCAACGAAUUCCCCUCAAAGAUGUCAAAGUCCUGUUGUUCCCAACCAGCAACAAGUUAUUAGGACACCUACUCCGCAGCUGGUUCAGUCAAUACAAAAGCAAUCUCCUGUUCCAGAUAUUCAACUUAAACAGCAAAAUGGGACACCUGAAUCUAGCAGUACUGUGGUCUCAAACAAUGUUGUCUCGGAAAUUCCUUCUUCUGCUGAAAGUAUCUCAAGUGUUGUCAAAAGUCAGCUGACCCCAAAGAGGAACGUUUGUGAAAACAGACAGCUCAGUGCAGCUCAAUCCACAAUUGUAAUUAAUGCAUCUCGACCAGUAGUCAGUCCUAAUCAACAGAGACAGAUGCAAGUGAAACAUUCAACUAAUCCAUCUGUCAGCAGUCCUGGUAAUCAGCCCAAUUCAGUUCUACAACAGAGCAAUAUAUUGCCACAGCAAACGCAGCAGUCAUCAGUGUAUAUAUUGGUGAAAACGCCUCAAGGUCAACAACAAGUACGGGUCGUGAACACUGCAAGUUUGGCUAAACAGAUUUCUCAAAAGCAACAGCAAUCUUCCUUACAGUUGCAAUCUUCUCCUCAGCAGCAAGUAUUUCGAAUUGUCAAUCAAGCACCCAUUCAACAGCAGUGCGUCAAAUCACAGCAACAAGCUCUGCAACAACAGCAGCAAGUCGUUCAAUUACCUGCAGCAUCGCAGUCAGGAGCUCAGCUCCCUUAUGUACUCCGAAUGCAAGCCGUUCCGCAACAGCAGCAAGGCCAAGUUCAAUUGCAACUACCUCAGCUUGUGCAGGGUCAACAAGUUCAAAUACAUGUUCCGGACGAAGCCCAACUGCAAGCUCAGCAACAGGCACAUCAGCAAGCUCAAUUACAAGUCCAGCAUCAAGUCCAAUUUCAAACCCAGCAACAAGCCCAAUUCCAAGCCCAGCAACAAGCACAGCUUCAAGCUCAAUUACAAGUGCAGCAACAGGCGCAGCUUCAAGCUCAAAUUCAAGUGCAGCAACAAGCUGCGCAGCAAGUUCAACUGAAAAGCCAGUUACAAGCACAGCAACAAGUCCAAUUGCAAGCCCAGCAACCAGCACAAGCUCUUGUCCAAUUGCAAACCCAGCCACCAGCACAGCCUCUUGUCCAAUUGCAAACUCAGCAACCAGCACAGCAAAUCCAAUUGCAGGCCCAGCAACAGGUACAGAAACAACCACAGCAUCAAGUCCAAUCUCAAACCCAGCAAGCAGCACAGCAGCAAGUUCAAGUGCAAGUCCAGCAACAGGUACCGAAACAACCACAGCCUCAAGCCCAAUCAAUAAACCAGCCACCAGCUGUGCAUCAAGUCCAAUUGCUAGCACAGCAACAGGCACUGAAACAACAAGUCCAAUUGGGAGCCAAGCAACAAGUACAGAAACAAGCACAGCAUCAAGCCCAAUUGCAAGCCAAGCAACAGGUGCAGAAAUUAGGACAUCAUCAAGUCCAAUUACAAUCACGCCUGGGUCCCCAGAGGUAUCGAGCCUUGCCACCGAAUUUACCAAAUGUUCUGAAAGUCCCUCGAAUUCAGAUCAUCGACAGUGGUAAUGUUGACCAAUCUCAAGUGAACAGUCCAAGAGGGCAUAACAUGUAUUCUGGUCCUAAAGCGCAGAAUAAAAAUGUGAUUAAAAAUGUAGUUAUUGCUACUCAACAGCAAGUAGUUGCCCAACAGACCCAGAUGGCCAAGCCGGAAGAUAAACUUCUUUCAACUAUUGGAGAACAGUUUAAUAGUGCACAUGUACAACAAUGUCAAUCGCCCAGAAUUUUGCAGUGUUUCGAAGAUGGGACUAUGAGGAUUCAUUUGCAAGUGGGAAACACGUUCAAUAGUGAACAAGACCCUCUAGAACAAACUUCUCAAACCGAGCAGGUUGCUGUUUUUGAGGGUGUAACAGUAAAGGAUCAGUUCCCCACUGGUGUUCUUCAGGAAUGUGUGGUUUCAGAAUCUGGUGAAUUAAUGUUUGCUGAUGAUUCAGCUCCUGUAACCUUUGAGCCUGAGAAAACUGAGUCUGAAGUGGAGGCCAAACAAGACCCCUGUGACUCAACUGUGCCACAGCAACAUCCUGAAACAACACCUAUUGGAGGAGGAGACAACGAGUACACAUUGACAAUGUCCUAUCCUAAUUCAACCAAGUUACCUGAGUCUUUGAAAGUCAGACCAGGCUUGGGAGCCGUGUGUCCACAUUGUGGGAUUGUAUCUAUAAAUUUCUUGAAAUGUGUACGUUGCGGAAGUGCUUUGCCAGACAAUGUUAAAACAAGAGUUCUUGAAAAUAUAACUACAAAACCUGUGCAGUCACCUAUUUCUGCUCAGAACUUUACUGGCAUGAUACUGAAAAGCCAGUUAGUGCUUCCAAGUGAGAUUGAAUUUGCUUUGAAAUUGGCUGGGAAGAAUAUCGUGCGGUCUCUGACGCCGAUAGUCUCACCUUCAGGAAGUGCUGAGGUUAAAAGGAAGCGGUGUUCAACACCAAGGAAACCAAGAGUGAAGGUCCCUGAAGAGCCUGAAAUACUCACAUUAUCAUCUGACGACGAAGACAAACAGGAGAAGAAACCAAGUACUGAGGCUCAGCUGACGACCAAUGGUAUAGCUCCUGAAUCAGAGGCAGAUCCUGCAGCCAUGGAAGAACCAGACAGUUAUGCAAGAAAGCAUUCUCCUGGUGUGGAAGGUGGUGGAAUGCUUGAACAAGCCAUGGAUGGGUCUAUGCCUUAUCCAUACGUUUUAAUACUAUGUAGAACGUUACGAAUAGGUACAUAUAAAGCUAAACCAUUAGAUAGAGUGGUACUUACUACUGAAGGUUUGGAGAUGAAAAUACCAUUACCAACAGGUCAAAAUGUCAUUCUCAAUAUUCCUAUGUCAGAUAUUGUUCAGCUUAUGGUUUCAUUUUCUCGUUCAAUGCCAGUACUAUUUAUAAGCAUUCAUGCACAUAGUGGUCAUAAAGUUAGGAAAGCUUUACAUAUGAAUGACUCUAAUAUUAAGUCAUAUUACUUUGACCCGGGUUCAAGUGAAGACACACUUAAACUAAUAACACUGCUCCCUGAAAAAAUAACAGAAGAUUUCAAAAUGACUUUGAAAAAGAUAGUGGAAAUUAAUCAAAAGAUCUUGGUAGAAAUUGGCAAUGGUUUAGCAAAUGAAAUUUUAGUCAAAUCCUCUCCAUGUGAGAAUACCUUGAGAUCAAGACUGGGUGUCCCAGGAGCUGAAAUUCAAACUAUGAUGAUUUAUCCACCUCCACCUUCCAAGGGAGGAAUUUCCAUUAAUACCGAAGAUUAUGCUUGCCUGGGUGAAGAUCAGUUUUUAAAUGAUGUCAUUAUAGAUUUUUACCUUAAGUACCUGAUGCAGUCAGUCCUUAGUGAAGAAGAUCGAGAACGGACUCAUGUAUUUUCAUCCUUCUUCUACAAGCGCCUCACUUCUAGACCUAAAACUAAAGGCCGUCGCCACCCUAUUGAGGAUGAUCCCAAGUUGACUCCUGCUGAAAAGAGACAUGCUAGAGUCAAAACAUGGACCAAAAAUGUUAACCUGUUCAGUAAAGACUUUAUAAUUAUUCCCAUCAAUGAGAACUGCCAUUGGUUUUUGGCUAUUGUUUGUUUCCCAGGACAAGAUGGCUGUUUAAGAAUGAGUGAUAACACGCCCAUAGACAUACCAAAGCCAGCCUCCAUCCCAUCUCCUUCUGUAUCAUCAGCGGCAGCUGUGGCGGCUGCUGCCGCAGCAGCAACAACAGCAAAAUUGAAAGUUCAAAACAAUGUCAUGUCUAUUGGAGCCACCACAAUUACUCCUGUUAAGGCACCUGCUGCUUCAACAAUAACUAUUGACAAUGGUGAUGAAGGAUCUGACAGAGAUGAAGCGGAAGGGGAUGAGGAAGAAAUGGCUGAAACUCAAAGUGAUGAAGAGGAGGAGUCUAAUGAGACAGCUCAGGAAAAGAAUGGGUCAAAAGAUGACAAGGCUAAAUUGGCUGAUGAAUCACCUCCUGUGAAUGCUGCAACCCCUGUCGUGCCAUCUGCAGCCAACAAAGUGAAACCUCCUCUGAGAGAUGGAGUUAAGCAGCCCUGUAUUCUCAUCUUCGAUUCUCUGGUUGGUGCACCACGCUACAGAGUUGCAGCAACCCUACGGGAAUAUUUAGGUAUUGAGUAUAAGGUAAAGCAAGGAAAAGUCAAAGAAUUUUCCAAGGACACAAUCAAGGGAAUGCUUCCUAAAGUUCCUCAACAGACGAAUUUCACUGACUGUGGGCUAUAUUUACUACAGUAUGUGGAAAUGUUCUUCAAGGAUCCAAUUAGGGAUUAUCAUCCUCCCAUCAAACAACUCCAAAAUUGGUUCCCUGAAGAGAUUGUUACAAGAAAACGAGAGUUUAUUGUAAAUCUUCUUCACGAUCUCAUGACAGAGCAGAACAUAGACCCCUCUUCUCUCAAUUUACCUAAGCUGGUAUUCAAUUACAAUUCUUUAAAAGCUCAGCAGACUGCUGAAGAUGAAGAUGCCCAGGCUCGGUUGGCAGAAGCUGAUUCUGAGGCUGAUUCUGAAGUUGCAAGGAAACAAAUGGCAGAAUUACAAAGCGAUGCAGCUUCGAACAAUAAUGCUUCAGAGCAACCAAUGGAACAAGAUAAUGGCUGUGAAAAUGAAGAGACUGUGCCUCCUAGUUCUGAAUCCUCAGCCGUGAUAACUUCCGAUGAGCUAACAGUUGGUAGCUCUGCUGCAUCAACUAACGCCCGUCUCACAAAUACUACACUCAAACAGCCUUUAGUUCCAUACCCUGAGUCAUCUGAUGACAGCAAUGAAGCAUCGGUAGUGAAACGUUCUCAGUGUGAAGAUAGUGAAGAAGUGAUAGAGAGAAAGAAACGGAAAGCUGAAUGAGAACCAGACAUUGUUUUGUUCUUGCAACAGUUGACAUUCUCCUACAUUUUGUUUAUCAUGUUAUAGACUGUUAACUUGACUUUUUUAAGGUGUAAUUUUUUUAAACUUUGUUAAUUUUUUGUGACCUUAACUAAGACAUUCUUAACUUUGAAGCACACUUUGUGUCAUUUCUUUGUUGGAAAGUUGUUCUUUAGCUCGACCUUGUAAGACUUUGUAACUUACUGCACUAAUGCAUGAAAUGUGUGGUUGCAUUACUUGCUGAUUAUCAUCUAAGUGUUGAUCUUCUAGAUCUGCCACUUUUUUGGUUUCUCGGUGUCUGUUUCCACUGAUGUUGUUUCCCUUAUAUAAACUUCUUUACCUGGUAUUAUCUGCUUUACCAGGUUAUUGGUUUGUUGGUUACCAUUAAGACCUGUUUUGGCAGUUAUUGUGCUAUUGUACAUUCUGUUCCUACCUACUCAGAUGUUUUAUUUGCACAUGAAAAGACUGCUUUUGAUUUUCUAAUUUGUUUGUUACUGUUUUGUGGGUUGCAUUCUGUAACUACCUUUAGAUCUUGCUUAUAAGGGACACAUUCUGAUUUUUGUGAUAUGGAAGCUAUGCUAGCUUAUGCCUAAGGGUUGCGAUCUUUAAUUUAUUUUUAUCUGUGUGGUUCUGUAUGAAAUAUCAUUCAAAAAUUUAAAUAAUUGUAUUAUUUUACUAGAAGAAGGUUUAUUGUGUAAUAUUUAUUGUUCCCCCUUGCUUGUGGCACUAUUGAGACCUUUGCAGAUCACACAAACCAAUACAUGGACACAUUUGUGGAACACUCCUGGGAACCAUGCAAGGCCUCUCGCUAGAGUUUUGCAGGCAUCUCUUCUACUUGCCCAUUUUAAAGAGGAUAUUUUUUCUCAUGACAGUACUAUUACAUAAUUGAAUUUUACAUAAUUUGACUUGUUCCCAACAUCUCCUUUAUGUUAGGAUAGGCAUUUGCCUGUUAAGAAUACUUUUGUAUGUAAAAUUCUUAACUUAGAGGUUUCAAAAAGGAUAAAAACAAAAAAAUAAAAAUAAAAGUGACAGAUGCUAAGAUUUAUGGCAGGAACUCAAACUGGUCAAGGUAGUCAAAGGAAUCUGUUGAUAUUUGCUUUUACCAGACUGAUCUUACCGUUGCACAUUGAUUUGAGCAUUUGUCCAAACUGAAGUCUUGCGUGAAGACUUGUAAGUUAAUUAAUGUCUGUGAUAAUCGGG